GUUACACUCAUUCCACAAAGUUAACUGGAUAUUGAAAGUCAACUUACAUGAUACACAGGAAGAAAGUUUAUUGCAUUCAAAAAUAUCAUCUGUAAUGUGGGAUGCAGCACCAAAUUGAGUUAUGAAAUACUCCCUGAGUCGGGAUCGUUUAAUACCUGGCAAGGGCAGCCAGAAGACCCAGGAAAGAGACACCAAGGCCUGGUCCAAGGUGAGAACUCCGCCUGGUACGAUGUCAUCAUCAAAACAAACGAACGGGGAACAUCUCCCUGUGAUAUCUUUUCAAAUGGAACAACAGCAGACGAACAAAAUGAAACAAGCUCACUGGUGCAGUUCAUGGCCGACAAUAGUCUUAACUGUGAAUAAAUCAGAUGACAUGACAAUUGUUCAGAAGAAGCUACAAGACAUCGAUAAAGUCACUUCGGAAAGGGAAAUGUCAGUAAUUGGAUCACAGAGUUAUGAACAUCUCGAUAAGAAACUUCAAAAAGUGAACGAAGACAAAGCGUUGAUGACUGAGAUUGUGAAACUGAAUGUUAAAAUGGCGGGACUGACACUGCAGCGCCACGAUGAUGUGAGGAAAACUGAACAAACUAUAGAAGAUCUGAAUAAGACUGAUGAAAAUAUCAGUUCUGAAAAUGAGGCGGUGCUGCUUACGAUGGUGGAGCUGGCGCAUCAGCAGGACAUUGAAAUGAAGAAAAUUACGGAAAGUAUAAAAUGUCUGAAUGACACUGUAGGCAGAAUGUCGUCUAAAAAUGCGACGCUGUUGGUUAAAAUGGCGGAGCUGGCGCAUAAACAGUACAAUGAAAGAAACAAAAUGGAGGAAAGAAUAAAAUGUCUGAAUGACACUGUAGCCAGAAUGUCGUCUGAAAAUGCGACGCUGUUGGUUAAAAUGACGGAGCUGGAGCAUAAACAGUACAAUGAAAGAAACAAAAUGGAGGAAAGAAUAAAAUGUCUGAAAGAGACUACAGAUAGGCUGUCGUCUGAAAAUGAUACUCUGAGGCAGGAAAUCGAACGCCUUCGUAAAUAUGUUCAAGUUGACAUGAACGUAAUUGCCAGAAGUAAGGUAGCGGAGGAUCAUUUCUAUGCGGCGAUAUUCAAGAACAGACAGGAUCGCGCUAAGCUUGGCGACAAGAAGUUCCAGGCCGCCGUCAAAGAUGAUCAGAAACACCGGGCACUGAUCAAGCAUCAAUUGAACAAGAAACCAUUGCAAAAAGGUGAAGAGGUCAAACUAAUUAGACCCCCAGAUGCUAGAAAUGUAUAUAAGGGAGACUACAAGAAGUUCCAGGACGCCGUCAAAGAUGAUCAGAAACAUCGGGCACUGAUCAAGCAUCAAAUGAACAAGAAACCAUUGCAAAAAGGUGAAGAGGUCAAACUAAUUAGACCCCCAGUCGAACCAUGUUUGGCCCGCCUUCCAAGGCUGAAUGAUUUUGAGGCACUGCAACAUCUAGGUAAAGGCGGAUUUGGAAAAGUUUACCUAGUUCGGAAGAAAGGUGGCAUCGACAACGGUGUAUUAUAUGCCUUGAAGGUGAUAAAAAUAGCAAACGGUGCAUUGCGCAGUAAUGAGCAGGAUCUGUGUAAAACAGAACGUGCUAUACAUAAAAAAGUUUCUGGAGCUCCAUUCCUGGUGGGACUCAACUAUGCAUUCGAGACAAAAUCAAGGUUGUUUCUGGCCUUGGACUUUUAUCCAGGCGGCGAUUUGCGGACUCUGGUGAAGAAGAGGGCAAAAUUUACAGAAAACACAACAAGACUCUACCUCGCUGAGAUAGUCUUGGCCAUAGACUACCUGCAUAAGAUUGGUGUGAUCCAUCGGGACCUUAAACCAGAAAAUAUAUUGAUUGACUCUGAAGGUCAUAUAGCGGUCACAGACUAUGGACUAUGCAAACAGUUUCCACCAGAUACAAAGGUCAAACGUGCUCGUGCAUUCUGCGGCACAAGAGAGUAUGUGGCUCCAGAAAUGAUUCUGCGCAAAGAUUACGGCAUGGAAGUUGACUGUUGGAGCUUGGGAAUCAUCGCUUAUGAAAUGAUGGCUGGACAUAUGCCCUUUGUAAUUACAGGAAAAGAAACCGUGGCUACCCUCUAUCACAAAAUUACACAAGAGAAACCAGUAAUUCCUAAGUAUUUCUCGCUCAAAGGGAUAGAUUUUGUCGAAAAACUUUUGGAAAAGAAUCCUUUAAGACGGUUGACAACAAGGAAGAUCCCUGCACUGAACAUCAAGAAGCAUCAUUUUUUCAAUGGUAUAAUCUGGCAAGAUGUGGAAAGGAAAGCAACAAAGAUGCCGUACCGUCCACCUUUUGACAUUAAAAAUGACGCCAAACGUGUUCAUGACAAUUUGAGCAAGGAACUUCAUACUCAUUCAAAUUGUAAUGACCACAUAACCCAGGCAUGCUUAUAUGUAGCCCCAUCCCUGAUCCCUAACCAGAGACAUAGACCAGAAACUUCAAGGAAGUGCCUGAACAAAAAUGAACCUCGGAAAGAGCAAGAUGUACAAUUUAACGGUGUUAGAGGACCAAAAUUCAAUGUUAGUGGCUGCCUAGGUCUUGUGAUUGCUAAUGGAAGACCAAGAGUCCACAGGAAGAUUGAGAAGUAGGCAUGCCAGGACACAGGGGCAUUUGCAUCUCUCAGCGAAUGCUUAUCAGGAUCACACAGUAACAGGGCAGGAGCUGCAAUCCAGAAUUUAUGUGGCCCUGGAUUGUUACACAUGUAGGUACAGACCUAAGUUCUGGAAAAACAUACUGCCUCAACAUUCAAUACCUCGUGUUUCCCAUCAUGUCUGCCUGUGUGUCAGCCCUACUUUCAGCAGUCAUUUAAGAAUUAAUAAACACAACCCUACUUGUUUCCUCAGCAGGUUCUUUCUCCACCUGACCACUGCCCCAAUUUUGGGAUUUCCCCACACUGCUUGUUCCUUGUAGCUUUGCCAGCCUAACCCCUCCUUACACUCUUGUCCUCUUAGGUUUAUAAAUCCCUGGGCUUCUAGUUUCAAGUUACAUAACCCAGACCAUGGCAAUAUUGGCACUACCCCAGUUGGGGAUGUGCCCACAGAAUUCUUCGUGUACAGAGUCCAGUUAUGUUUUAAACCCUCAGAGCUUGAAUCCUGACAUGUGGGAUAUAAAUAAGGUGUUAGCAAGGGGGAAGUCUCAGUGUUGCCGUGGCCUGGGUCAUCCAUACUAAGCUCGUGCAAGCCCAGAGAUUUCCAAACUUGUGAAGAGAGGAUUAUGAGGAGCAAGCCCUGAGGGCACAGCCCCAAAGCAAGGCAAGUCAAACAAGGCAAAUGUGUGGGGAGAAACAGGCCUGCAGAGGGAAGACCUAGGGCGGAAGCCUUCAGUCACAAAGAAAACUUCAUACUUCGUUCUAAAUUUGAUUUGUACCUUGGGGAACUCCUAGGGCUUCCCUGCAUCAAAGUGGCAGCUGAACAUAAGACACACAGAAUCAGGCCCACAUAGUAAUGAAGAUGGAGACAGUAUGCCCUUCCGAAACGUUGGUAUCUGUAAGUUCACACAGCGUUACAGGCCAAGCAAUACAGAGCACGCUGUUGGAUUUCGAGCUCGGUUGUACAUUAAAGUAAUAAAUCAAUGCUCCCUGAUGGCGACUAAAAUAUUCACUUUCAAAUGCCAUUUUGUCUCUUUAACACACAGUAUGCAUCACAUCACAUAUGUAAUAUGGCUUCAUGAUAGUUGUAUUAAAUUCUAAUCCAAAGAUAAAA